AGUGGGAGCGCCCGCGACCACACCCUUCCGCCACCUGCGCUCGCCGCGCCUCUUUAUAUACCGCGCCCUCCCACCCUCGCCACGCCACGCCACGCCACGCCUCCUCUUCCGUUCCUUCUCCAAACCGCCGCUCCUCAGCAUCCGUGCUCCCACCGGACCCCACCAAUCCUCUGAUGGCCAUGGACAAGGGCGCGCUGGUGCAGGACCAUGGGAGCGGCGGCUCGUUCGCGAGCCUGCGCGCGUACGGGCGCGCGCUGGCGCAGACCCCGCGGCGGGUGGCGCGGCGCGCGUGCGCGGCGACGGCGCCGGGCGAGGAGAUGAGCCGCGUGCGCGCGCGGUCCGGGGCCGACAUGGCGCGCGCGCUGCGGUGGUGGGACCUCGUCGGCCUGGGCCUGGGCGGCAUGGUCGGCGCGGGGGUCUUCGUCACCACGGGCCGUGCCACCAGGAUGUUCGCGGGGCCGGGUGUCGUCGUGUCCUACGCCAUUGCGGGGCUCUGCGCGCUGCUCUCCUCCUUCUGCUACACUGAAUUCGCCGUCGACAUGCCCGUCGCAGGCGGCGCCUUCAGCUACCUCCGCGUCACCUUCGGGGAGUUCGCGGCGUUCCUGACGGGGGCGAACCUGAUCAUGGAGUACGUCUUCUCCAACGCCGCCGUGGCGCGCAGCUUCACGGCGUACCUCGGCACGGCGGUCGGCGUGGACGCGCCGAGCAAGUGGCGGAUCGUCGUGCAGGGCCUGCCCGAGGGAUUCAACGAGGUCGACCUCGUCGCCGUCGCCGUCAUUCUCCUCAUCUCCGUCUGUAUUUGCUACAGCACCAAGGAGAGCUCGGUGGUGAACAUGGUCCUGACGGCCGUGCACGUGAUCUUCAUCCUGUUCAUCAUCGUCAUGGGCUUCGUGCACGGCGACGCGCGCAACCUGACGCGGCCGGCCGACCCGGCGCAGCACCCGGGCGGCUUCUUCCCGCACGGCGCCACCGGCGUGUUCAACGGCGCGGCCAUGGUGUACCUGAGCUACAUCGGCUACGACGCCGUGUCCACCAUGGCCGAGGAGGUGGAGCGGCCCGCGCGCGACAUCCCCGUCGGCGUCUCGGGCUCCGUCGUCGUCGUCACCGUUCUCUACUGCCUCAUGGCCGCCUCCAUGUCCAUGCUCCUCCCUUACGACGCGAUCGACACGGAGGCGCCGUUCUCGGGGGCGUUCAAGGGGCACGACGGGUGGGGGUGGGUGUCGAAUGUGAUUGGCGGCGGCGCGAGCCUGGGCAUCCUGACGUCGCUGAUGGUGGCGAUGCUGGGGCAAGCCCGAUACUUGUGCGUCAUUGGCCGCUCCGGCGUCAUGCCUGCCUGGCUCGCCAAGGUGCACCCCAAGACGGCUACCCCCGUCAACGCCUCCGUCUUGCUCGGGCUCUUCACGGCGGUGCUGGCGCUGUUCACGGAGCUGGACAUCCUCCUCAACCUCGUCUGCAUCGGCACGCUCUUCGUCUUCUACAUGGUGGCCAACGCCGUCGUGUACCGCCGCUACGUUGGCGCCGGCGGCGAGCAGGGGCCGCGCGGCGCCUGGCCGACGCUCGCGUUCCUCCUCGCCUUCUCCCUGGUCGCGCUCUCCUUCACGCUAGUGUGGAAGCUGGCGCCUCGCGACGGCGGCGUCAGGACGGGCCUCCUCGCGGCGUGCGCGGUGGUCGCGGUGGCCACGGUCGGCGCGUUCCAGGCGCUCGUGCCGCAGGCGCACACCCCCGAGCUCUGGGGCGUGCCCGGCAUGCCGUGGGUGCCCGCGGCGUCCGUGUUCCUCAACGUCUUCCUUCUCGGCUCGCUGGACCGGCCGUCCUACGUCCGGUUCGGGUUCUUCUCGGCCGCCAUCGUGCUGGUGUACGUGCUCUACAGCGUGCACGCCAGCUACGACGCCGAGGAGAGUGACGGCGGCGCCAAGGUGCAGGACGAAGAAUGCAAGGUGUAGUAGGGGCGGCGGUGCCUGGCUGACGUCAUACAGAGAACUAGUCAAGUGUUGCCUACUUGCUCUAGGUUCUUCCCUGUUUCCUCUUCUUGACUUCUGCUGGCUGACGAGACCAGAGUGAACAAAAGAAUUUCUAACAAAAGAAUUUCAAACAUGAAAUGUGUAUAUGCUCAAGGAAGCACUCCCCAUAUCUUGCUUCGAAAAUGUUUAUAUCCUUCACAACAAGAGAAAAGGAAGAGAGAGCUCCUACUUCAUGUGUGUA